AUGGAUUUUGUUGAAGAAGUGUGCUCUGAUAAUACAGUGCGUUAGUAUAUUAAAGGUAAAUUCUUGGGGAAAGGAGGAUUUGCUAAAUGUUAUGAAUUUUCAUUUGGAGAGUAAUUAUAUGCUAGCAAAAUAAUUGGUAAAUCAACCUUAACAAGAUCUAGAACAAGAUAAAAAUUGAUGUCUGAAAUUAAGAUACAUAAAAGUCUCUAACAUUAAAAUAUAGUUGGGUUUCAUAAAUAUUUUGAAGAUGAUGAAAAUGUAUAUAUUCUUUUAGAAUUAUGCACUAAUUAAACACUAAAUGAAUUAUUAAAGAGAAGAAAAAGAUUAACAGAACUUGAAGUUUAAUGUUAUUUAAUGUAAAUUCUAAAAGCACUUAGUUAUUUACAUAAACAUAAAGUGAUUCAUAGAGAUUUAAAAUUGGGUAAUUUAUUUUUGUCAGACAAAAUGGAAAUAAAAUUAGGAGAUUUUGGAUUGGCCUCUUAAUUAGAAUUUGAAGGAGAAAGAAAACAUACAAUAUGUGGAACUCCAAAUUAUAUUGCUCCUGAAAUAUUAGAAUCGAAAUAUGGACAUAGUUUUGAAGUGGAUAUUUGGUCUUUUGGAGUAAUUGCAUAUACAUUAUUGAUUGGGAAACCUCCUUUUGAAACUAAUGAUGUAAAAAAAACUUAUAGAAGAAUUAAGAUGAAUGCUUAUCAAUUUCCAGAACAUAUAAUAAUUAGUGAUGAAGCUAAAUCAUUAAUUAGUUAAAUUCUAGUUAUAGAUCCAUCAAAAAGAUUAACUUUGGAUGAAAUAAAGAACCACGAAUUCUUUAAAGGUUUAAUUCCUGAAUUGUUACCAUUAAGCACCUUAACCUGUCCACCUUCAUCAUAAUUUAUUAGAUUAUAUUAGAAAUAAUAAUCAUAAAGUAUUCACAGGUUAGAAAAUACUUAAAAUCAUAUUUAAAAUGCAAAAUAAUUCCUCCAAUAUAGAAGUAUGGAUAGACUGUAAUUUUUAGAAUAGAAUGANUGUAUAUUCAAAAUUAUAUUUUUCAACAGUUAAAACCAUUUUUAUUUUUUAUUUACUAGACUUUGUUUAAUGUUUUAUCAAGAUUAUCAAUACUUUGAGAUGAAAAUAAUUUGUAAAAUUUAUGACUCUAAAUUCUGA